CUUCGACUUACCUGUUUAUUCUAUUCCCGGCAACACAGAGGUAGAGGGAAAAACGGAGAGAAGAAAUUCUCUCAGUUCUCUUCUUCGAUGGCUCAAAUUCCCAACUUGGAAAAUUCUCCUAUUAAUCUCACAGCACUCAGAGAUCAAUCUCAGAAAGAGCUCCUCAACAUUCUGAAGAAUAUUCGUGGGAAGAAAUGUCUGGUUCUCGAUCCCAAGUUGAGUGGAUCACUUUCAUUGAUCGUACCAACAUCUGUCCUUAAGGAAAACGGGGCGGAGCUGAGACAUCUUUCGGCAGAACCAGUUCAAACUGAAUGCACGAAAGUAAUCUAUCUGGUUCGUUGUCAGAUCGAUUUAAUGAAAUUGGUUUGUUCGAACAUUCAGAGUGAUAUCUCAAAGGGACUUCAGAGGGAGUACCAUCUUUAUUUUGUCCCCCGUCGGACUGUUGCUUGUGAGAAGAUACUCGAGGAGGAGAAGGUUCAUCAAUUGGUAAAUAUUGGGGAGUACCCUUUGUACAUAGUUCCACUGGACGAGGAUGUUCUUUCUUUUGAACUCGAUAUGGCUUUGAGGGAAUGCCUUGUUGGUGGUGAUACAAGCUCCCUUUGGCAUAUUGCUAAAGCCAUUCAUAAGCUUGAGUUUUUGUUUGGGGUAAUACCUAAUGUGAGGGCUAAAGGGAAAGCAUCAGCACGAGUUGCUGAUCUCCUAAACCACAUGCAAGUGGAAGAGCCUGUUAUCUUGUCAGAUAUGGGAGCCCCGGAGAUAAAUACACUCAUCCUGUUAGAUAGAGAGGUGGACAUGGUUACACCUAUGUGUUCUCAAUUAACAUAUGAAGGGUUGCUGGAUGAGUUUUUGCGUGUCAACAAUGGUUCUGUGGAGCUUGAUGCAUCUAUCAUGGGUGUUCAACAAGAAGGUAAAAAGGUGAAGGUUCCUCUUAAUUCAAGUGAUAAAUUGUACAAGGAGACAAGGGACCUCAGCUUUGAAGUUGUUAUUCAGGUUCUGCGUCAAAAAGCAACGUCUAUGAAACAGGAUUAUACAGAGAUGACAACUACUACUCAAACUGUAUCUGAGUUAAAGGACUUUGUCAAGAAGCUUAACUCAUUACCAGAAAUCACUAGGCACAUAAAUCUUGCUCAGCAUUUGUCUACAUUUACAUCAAAGCCAUCGUUUCAAGGGCAGCUUGAUAUAGAGCAGACAUUGGUGGAGGGUGAUAAUUAUGAAGUAUGCAUUGACUAUAUUGAAGAAAUGAUCAAUAAGCAGGAGCCACUUGUUAAUGUCCUUCGUCUUCUUGUAUUAUUUUCCACUACAAAUUCAGGGUUAUAUAAGAAAAACUUUGACUAUCUAAGGAGAGAAUUACUACACAGUUAUGGAUUUGAGCACAUGUCUACACUGAAUAAUUUGGAGAGAGCCGGAUUUCUUAAGAAACAGGAGUCCAAAAGUAACUGGGUAACAAUUAAACGUGCAUUGCAGCUUGUAGCUCAGGAUGAGACUACCAGCUCGCAUGACAUUGAUUAUGUUUUUGCUGGAUAUGCGCCUCUUAGCAUUCGCCUUGUACAGCAUGCAAUUCGAUCCGGAUGGCGUCCAAUUGAAGAAAUCUUGAAGCUCCUGCCUGGACCUCAUCUGGAAUCAAAGAGAGGUGGUCAUGUGAAGAGUUCACCAAUUGAUGCUCGACCGGGGAUGCCAACUAGUUUGGACAAGGUAACAGAUGGACACCGCUCUCUAGUACUUGUUGUCUUUAUUGGUGGAGUAACAUUUGCAGAGAUAUCUGCCCUUCGUUUUCUUACUGCUCAGGAAGGAAUGGCAUAUGAUGUAAUUGUUGGCACCACGAAAAUGGUUAAUGGGCGCACCUUGGUCGAGACAUUCAUGGAUAACCUUGGUUAAGUAAAAGGCUUAAGGAGAAACAACUUUUAACCCAUUAAAAGGCCAAAAAUGCCUCUGUAUUAUUUAAGCUUUUAUUUUUUGCAGGAAGGAAUGGCUUUUUCUUUGUGUUUUGUUUUCUUUCAUCAUUUAUUUCUUUAAAUCCAUUUUCACUUGUUUCGUGGUGAUGGGUUUUGUUUUGUUUUGUGUGUGUGUGUCCUCUUUGUAUGAUGUAGCUGGGGUCUUGAAAGAGUUUGUUAGGAUUAGAGCAAAAAUGUUAUAUUGAAAAUUUUCAUUCAACGUGGUAUAUUUAAUA